AAUUGUGAUUGAAUUACUCAAGCCAAGCCCUGGUUUAAUUGACAAUUAGCAAAACCAGAAGAAGAACAGUACAGCCGAAGAAGAACAGAACCGUCCCGAGACAGGGAAACAUUAUUAAACUUUGUUUGUGUUUUAGAUAGAAAAAAACAUUGGGUCCGUGAGUAAGAGGCCAUCCCUUUCUCUUUUCCAGAGCUUCUCCAUCCUUCGAUUUUCUUUUUGUUCUUUUAUCUUCCGGUUUCAAUAAAUCGGGGGUUCUUUUUUUUUUUUUAAUAUCUUUAUUUAUUUUUCUUUUCUAUUUGCAUAUACAAAUUCUUUUAUUCAUAUAUAUUUAGAGGGAGAGAAAGUUUGAGAUUUUUGUUUUUGGAGGGACAAAUAAUCAAAGGGAAAAUGUCAAAGAAGAAAGCUUUCAGUGGCAACACUAUGACUUUGAAAGAUUUUCAUGGUGGUUCAAUCCCAACUGAUCUCCCCCUCCCUUCUGCCCCUGGCGUGAUUGUUAGACCUGUCGAUCGCUCAGGUUAUGACAGAGCAACAUCGUGGGGAAACCCGAUAGGCCGGCCUGAUCACCGAGCCCGGCCCAAUUCGUCUCCCGGAACUAGGCAUUUUGAUGAUAAAACCCCAUUUCUUACCAAUUCAGUGCAUAUUGGUCGUAAUUUUGAUGAGGAUGAAAGAAAGCCUUUAGAUGGGCUUUCUGCCCCCCGUAGAACUAUUAGUGAUGACGGUUUUCGGGUUCCAGCUAGUCGUGUGGAGCUGAAGCCAGAGUCUGCUUAUGCAGGGAGGGUUUCAGGUCAAAAUGGGUCAGCUCCGGUAUCUCCAUUGUCAGGUGGAGCGGGGAAUUCAUACUCUAGUAGAGUGUCUGAGGCUGCUCACUUUGGUCGAAGUUCUCAGAGUGCAGGAGGGAAUCAUGGGCAGGCUGCUUCUGGGUUGUACCCUAAUGCGUGGGCAACUAGGAAGGAGGUGCUUGUGAGUGUUGCUGAGCCUGUACAAUCUGUAUGGUCUGAACAAAGUGCUGUCUCGAAGUUGGCUCAUGCUAGUGCACUUGAAAAGGUUUCCUCAGGUAGAUGGAAGUCAAAACAGUCCGAUCAAUAUCAGACAGAUAUUGAUGUAAGUAAACAUUCAGAAACAGAAAAUGGUUUGCACUCCCAGGGUUAUGAUGAUAAGACAUACACCGGAAUGAAUGCUGUGGGUAGGAUGGAAUAUUCUGAUGUGAUAUUGGCUAAGCAUGUAGAAAAGGGUUUGAAUAAUGAAGAUGGAAUUCAGUCUGGAAGAAAGGAGUUACCUGAAUAUGAGAGGAACCUCAGUCCUAAUUAUUCGGAAGUUAAAGAAAAGAUGUCUGUAAUUUAUGGUGAAGGAAUUCAAUCAACUCAAUCAGAUGGCAAAUUUGGUUGCUCUGAAUUGCAGCCAUCAUUGUCAGUGCCAUUGGAAGUAUCUGAGCGACCCAAGUUGAAGUUACUUCCUCGGACUAAGCCAAUGGAUAAUCUAGAAUCAACUGUUAUUGAUCCUAAGCAGGGGUACCAGAGGCUAAGUGAACACAUUCUUGGUCAUACUGAAUUUGGUAGUGAUUCACAUGGACAUGUGAAUACUUCAAAACCUGGUUUAGCUGGCAGUGAGAGUGGGAUCCAAACAGUGGAGCGUCCAAAGCUGAAUCUAAAGCCACGUUUACAGCCCAUUGAACAAUUGGAAGGGAACAUUGAAAAGGAAAGAAAUGCAUUGUUUGGUGGUGCUCGCCCACGAGAGCUGGUUCUGAAGGAAAGAGGGAUUGAUGAUAGCAACCAUGAGCCUGGCCAACAUCCUGAUAACCAUAGGGUCAAACAUAAUGUUAUGAGGGCUGAAAAAGUUUCUGAGCAAGCAACUCCUCGCCAUGGUGAAAGAGUUGAGAAUGCUCCUGUUGAUCAGAGAGCUGGAAGAAAAUCAGGGAGGAAUCAUCAUGUGGACAAUGAAAGAGCUGAUAUGCAGAGGAGGAAUUGGCGUAAUGAAAACCGGUGGAAUGGCAGGGAAACUGAAAGGCAGCAGCAGCAGGAGAGGCAACCAUCACCUGAGACCUGGCGCAAGCCUGCUGAGCAGCCUAAACCAGUCUCUCCUGAGGCUGCUGGCGUGCGCUAUGGAAAAGCAGCAUCAGCUGUGGAGCUUGCCCAAGCCUUUUCGAAAUCAUUCUCAGAUCAGAAAACAGAUGAUCGAUAUGCUGGGCAAAGGGGUAUUCCUGGACAGACCCAAAUGCCUUUCUCUCGUCUGAUGAGUCCAACUCCGAGGCCUCAGAUAAAUGGCUACUAAACUUUGAGAGGCAUAUGGACUUCUUCCCAGUGGCCAGAUCGUGUUACUGGUAAUUGGUUUUAUGCAGUCGAUGAUUAUAAUGUGACGUACGACUCAUGAGUCAUGAGUACCGUCGCAAUUCAUGAGUCCAUGCAUCUGAUUUUUUUCCUUUUCAUUUAAAAGAAAUUUUUUCAGAACAAUUGGCAUGCCAAAAAGAUUGCUGUGUCUUCUUUCUUAAGAUUCUCAAUUUUCACUAGUUUUUCAUCAACUCUCAUUUGGUUAAUUCCUAAUUGCUUGUGGAA